UGCCCAUGGACAAUCGAUGCUUGUGUUUGCUGAAGUUCUAGGAUUCUUUUGUUUUACUGUUUAAUUUACUGAAGAGUCCAUUUUUUCCCAUGAGUCAUCUUCCACCUCUGGAAAGGUAGAGGUGCAAAGUAGCUCAACAUGAGUGGCCUUGGGGACAGUUCAACAGACCCUGCUAACCCUGAUUCCCGGAAGAGGAAGGGGUCGCCGUGUGAUACGUUGGCCCAGAGCAAUGAAAAGCGACGCCGGGAGCAGGAGAAUAAAUACUUAGAGGAGCUGGCGGAGCUGCUCUCGGCAAACAUUGGUGACAUCGACACCCUGAGUGUCAAGCCAGACAAAUGCAAGAUUCUAAAGAAGACGGUCGACCAAAUCCAGCAGAUGAAGAGGUUGGAACAAGAGAAAACAGCUGAUGAUGACGUCCAGAAGUCUGACAUUUCAUCCAGCAGCCAAGGAGUGAUCGAAAAGGAAUCUCUGGGACCUCUUCUCCUGGAAGCACUGGAUGGCUUUUUCUUCGUUGUGAAUCGUGAGGGGAGGAUUGUGUUUGUGUCCGAGAAUGUGACCAGCUACCUGGGUUAUAACCAGGAGGAGCUCAUGAAUACCAGUGUCUACAGCAUCCUGCAUGUAGGGGAUCACGCGGAGUUCGUCAAGAAUUUGCUGCCAAAGUCUCUAGUAAAUGGAGUUCCUUGGCCUCAGGAAGCAACCAGACGCAGCAGCCAUACCUUCAGCUGCCGGAUGCUGAUCCGCCCCCCUGAUGAGCUGGGUGCGGAGAACCAGGAGGCUCGCCAGCGCUAUGAGGUGAUGCAGUGCUUCACCGUGUCCCAGCCCAAAUCGAUCAAAGAGGAAGGAGAAGAUUUCCAAUCCUGUCUGAUAUGCAUUGCACGGAGAUUACCUCGACCUCCAGCUGUCACCAGUUCAGAAUCUUUCAUGACCAAGCAAGAUACUACAGGUAAAAUUAUCUCCAUUGACACCAGUUCCCUAAGAGCCGCAGGCAGGACUGGCUGGGAGGAUUUAGUGCGGAAGUGCAUCUAUGCUUUCUUCCAGCCUCAGGGCAGAGAGCCAUCUUAUGCCAAACAGCUAUUUCAAGAAGUGAUGACACGUGGCACGGCCUUCAGUCCAUCGUAUAGAUUCACGCUGAGCGACGGGACGGUACUUAGCGCUCACACCAAGUGUAAGCUCUGCUAUCCUCAAAGCCCAGAAAUGCAGCCUUUCAUCAUGGGCAUCCAUAUCAUUGACAGGGAUCACCACAUGCUCUCUCCUCAAGAGAACACUAACUCUGGAAUGCCCCUUCCCCGUGUCAGCCCUGCGCUGCACCCUAGCAUGUCCCCAGGGCAAGGCAUGGCUCUCUCGUCCGCCAUCCCUCCAUCCAACAGUGGCAUGUUGGCGACCAAUGUAAAUCAGCAGCCAGGCUCUGGCCUCCACAGCAGCAAUUCCAGCACCGGCCAGACAAGCUUUGGGUGUUCACCUGGGAAUCAGAUCGGAGCCAAUGUUGCCUUAAGCCAGGGACAAGCUGGUCCCCAGAACAAUAACCACCUUUUAAACCUCAGUAGCUCUCCCAUGAAUAGUCCAGGGAUUACCCCAGCACAGUUCAUGUCUCCUAGGCAUCGGGUUAGCCCAGGAUUGGUACCAAGGCCCAGAAUGCCAAGCAAUCCUUUCUCUCCUACCAUGCCUACUAUGCACUCCCCUGUGGGCAUGGCGAGCAGUGGCUGCAGCAGCGGUGGCAGCAGCAACAGGCCUUUCCCCAAUGCCCCGAUAAACUCUAUGCAGGGGCUUAACGAAGGCCCCAGCACCCCCAUGGGCUACUCCACGCCACCUCCCAUUCUGAGGCAGCCGAGCUCCCAGAACUCACCCGGCCGGCUCAGCAUGCAGCCUGUGAAAACGGAGCCGAAAGACAGCAAGGAGAUUGCCUCCAUCCUGAGCGAGAUGAUUCAGUCUGACAGCGGCUCAAGCGAUGGCAAGCCGCUGGACUCAGGCCUGCUACAUGCCAGUGACAGACUCUCGGAGGGAGACGCCAAGUGCUCCCAAGCCACCAGCCACAAGCUGGUUCAGCUCCUGGCCACAACGGCAGAACAACAGCUGCGGCACACUGAUGCAGAUACUAGCUGCAAAGAUCCCUUAUCCUGCACGGGUGCCUCUGGGAACCCUCCAGGCAACACGUGUCCCUCUUCCCAUAGCUCCCUCACAGAGCGGCACAAGAUCUUACACCGGCUCUUGCAGGAGGGCAGCCCCUCCGACAUCACCACUCUGUCUAUGGAGCACGACAAGAAGGAUACCGCGCCAAACUCUGCCGCCACCCCUACCUCUCAGAGUCAGAUCCCGGGGACCCCUGAAAUCAAACUGGAGCCAGAGGCCUUGAAGAAAAAGGAGUCUAAGGACCAUCAGCUCCUACGCUACCUACUAGACAAGGACGAGAAGGACCUUGCCGCGGUCCCGGCCCUGAGUCUGGACGAUGUGAAGGUGAAAGUGGAGAAAACGGAGCAGAUGGAUCCAUGCAAUACGACUCCGGCCUCGCUGACCAAGCCCCCUGCUGCAGAGGAAGUGAAGCUAGAGUCGCAGGGCCAGUUUGCUGCUGAUCUCGACCAGCUCGAUCAGCUGCUGCCUUCGCUGGAGAAAGCAGCCCAGUUGCCCGGCUUGUGUGGGACGGAUAGAACCGAAAGCAGCAUGGCCAGUGUUGCGGUCAAACCUGAGAUUCUGACAGCCCCGCUCCAGCCCAGCGCUGCAGCAAGAACUCCAAUGGGGCUUAAUAGAUUGUCUGAACUGGAGUUGGGAGUCUCCAAUCAACAGUUUGGACAGCCAGGAAUGGGUGACCAGAUUCCAUGGGCAGACAACCCCAUGGCCUCCAUGAAUCGAGUAUCUUUGAAUAAACCAGACGACCAGUGCAUCACUUCCCAGCUAGACGAACUCCUAUGCCCCCCCACCACGCCGGAGGGCCGGAAUGACGAGAAAGCCCUCCUCGAGCAGCUUGUGUCCUUCCUGAGUGGCAAAGAUGAAACGGAGUUGGCGGAAUUGGACCGAGCGCUUGGGAUUGACAAAUUGGUCCAGGGAGGCAGCCUGGAAGUGCUGACUGACAGAUUCCAGCCACAGCAAGCGACACCAUCUCUUCUAAUGGAUCAGAAGCCUGGCCUCUACCCCCAGCCUUAUUCUUCUGCUUCUCCUACUGCUAAUCUCCCCAGCCCUUUCCAAGGCAUGGUCAGGCAGAAACCCUCUUUCGGGCCCAUGCCGGUUCAGGUACCACCGCCCCGAGGGGCUUUCCCCACCAACAUGGGAAUGCAGCCACGGCAGACUCUAAACAGGCCACCGACAGCUCCCAACCAGCUGAGACUUCAGCUGCAGCAGCGGCUACAAGGGCAGCAGCAGCUGAUACACCAAAAUCGGCAGGCGAUCCUGAACCAGUUUGCAGCAAAUUCUCCGGUCGGCAUCAGUAUGAGGGCAGGCAUGCAGCCACAGAUUACGCCUCAGCCACCUCUGAAUGCACAGAUGCUGGCCCAGCGCCAGCGAGAGCUGUACAGCCAGCAGCAUCGGCAGCGGCAGCUAAUGCAGCAGCGAGCCAUGUUAAUGAGACAGCAGAGCUUCGGGAACAACCUUCCUCCCUCGGCUGGACUCCCAGUGCAGAUGGGGGCAGCUCGCCUCCCCCAGGCACCCCCACAGCAGUUCCCCUACCCCCCCAACUACGGUACGAAUCCAGGAAACCCUCCCACCUCCACCAGCCCCUUUUCGCAGCUGGCGUCGAACCCUGAGGCAGCACUGGCCAGUCGCAGCAGCAUGGUGAACAGAGGGAUGAUGGGGAACGUUGGAGGGCAGUUUGGUGCCGGGAUGACCCCUCCCAUGCAGCAGAACAUCUUCCAGUACUCGGGGUCAGGCAUGGGUCAGCAAAGCGAGCCUGCAUUCGCUCCAUCACUCAGCCCCAGCAGCCCUCUGAUGUCGCCGCAGAUUCCUCCUUCGCAGAGCCCCAUGCUCCAGUCAGCUCCACCGACCCCUGGGUACCAGUCCCCAGACAUGAAGACUUGGCAGCAAGGAACAAUGGGGAAUAAUAAUGUAUUCAGCCAAGCUGGGCAGAACCAGCCUACACCUGCGCAGCAGGGAAUGUACAACAACAUGAGCAUCACCGUGUCCAUGGCUGGAGGAAACACGAACGUCCAGAACAUGAAUCCAAUGACUGGACAAAUGCAGAUGAGCUCACUGCAAAUGCCCGGGAUGAACUCCAUGUGCUCUGAGCAGGUAAAUGACCCAGCGCUGAGACCCACCGGCCUUUACUGCAACCAACUUUCCUCCACUGACCUUUUGAAAACAGAAGCAGAUGGGGCGCAGCAGGUACAACAGGUUCAGGUGUUUGCUGACGUGCAGUGUACAGUGAAUCUGGUAGGUGGAGACCCUUACCUGAACCAGCCUGGUCCAAUGGGCUCGCAGAAAAGCACGACAGGUCCUCAGACCCCUCAGGCCCAGCAGAAGAGCCUCCUUCAGCAGCUACUGACUGAAUAACCGCUUUUAAAGGAAUGUGAAAUUUAAAUAAUAAGACAUACAGAGAUAUAUAAAUAUAUAUAUAUAUUAUAUAUUUUUCUGAGAUUUUUGAUAUCUCAAACUGCAGCCA